GUUUUGGAGCUCACAGUUGAUGCAUCGCAGCACUUCUCUCUCAGCACGGCUUGACCUGAGCACAAAAAAUACACAAUGCAUGUCCAAUCCCCUACUACCAUUACCACAUCCGGCUGAGUUGAAUGCGUCUAUUAUUUCCGGACAGUGGGCAGUCAAUUCUCAAGGCGCUCCAUCGUUAACUAAUGCAAAUCCGUCGCACCAAUGGUUGGAGUAUCAGUCGUCGUUUGGUCAAUCUUUCCACAGUUUCUUUAAUUCGUUUUGUCAAAACAGUAAUGAAAGCCCAUUCGAACUGCGUGGUGAGCACAAACUCGAGGGGAAUGGCUGCAGGGAGCGGCCAAUCCGCUUUGGAGAAUCCACCCUCACUGACAUGAAAAAGCAUCACGCAAAAUACGCAACUGAGAGUUAUUCGCAAAGCGCAGAUGAAGACACGGGAACCACUAUCUCCGAAUCCACGAAGCAAAACGAUUAUCUGAUCAACGCAUGUAAAACAGAAAACACUGCAGUAAGCUUUGGGAAGAAGGUACCAACUCGCGAAACUACUAGUCUGUUACGCAAAUGGCUCCUUCAGCAUCAAUUAAAUCCUUACCCAACUAAAGGAGAGAAAGUUAUGUUGGCUUUGGCAACAAGAAUGAACCUGACCCAAAUAUCCACUUGGUUCGCCAAUGCCAGGCGUCGAUUAAAGAAGGACAAUCAAAUGACUUGGUAUCCGCGAAGUCGAAAUUCCCACUUUUGUCCCGCUGAAAGCUACAAACCUAUUCGGGGAAACAACGAAUCACUUUCAGCAAUGGUCUUAAAAGAAUUGGAAAACGAUGUUGUUUACAAACCCAUGCGAUACGUUGGAGAACAUCAACUGAACCCCUUUACCAAUGCUUCUGGUUCCGAAAGAAAUACCCUGUUGGAAGUCUCUGAUUAUCCAAAAAGGAACCCUUACACUCUAGUGCGAGAGGAUUUUAAUAUAUCACUGUCAGCCAAACAAAACCACGUGGGAUUUGAAGUUAAAUCAUUUUCCAUUCCUACUGGAAGCCGGAUGAGUCCUACUAUAGGUUCCAGUGAAAAGAUGCGGGCACACGAAACUAGAUAUUCCCUGCCACUAAUUCAUUCUGGAAGGACACCACAAGAAACAGGCAUACGAUUUUAUGUGCCGUCAAAAAUAUCAGCACCAACAAGCAAAUCCCCUACGUACAAUUGCGCUGACGCACCAGAAUUGCGAAACCCAACGCAAAAUUGUGUUCGGAAGAGAAUCUGGUCCGUAUUGGACAGUCUCGACACAGAAACGAAUCAGACAACUGACGAGUUAAUUGGAUAUCGCGUGAUUCACCACACGCAUCGAAAUAGCCAGCUAGUUACUGAAAGACAUUCCGUGCUCGUGCUGAACCAAGUAAAGCCAUCUGUAGACCAGGUGGAUGGGUA